AUGGCUGUGGACAUGAUUCCAGAAAACGGGAAGUUGCCCGUGGGGCAGCGCGUGUACGCGGAAAAGAGAACGGAGAAGGGAAAAAUGAAGCCCCACCGCCUGUUUGUGGCAAUGACGACUCUCUUUGUGUAUACCGCUUGGCCCUACAUCCUCCUGCUCCUCCUACUCUUCUCGUGGUGGCGCCCAGUUCUCCUCCUGAACCUUGCCCUCUUUUCUACUGUUCUUAUUCCGACGAAGGUCUUCUGGCCCGAAUUUUUGAAUCUGAGCGUGUUCCACACAUGGCGAGAAUAUUUCAGCUUUUCCUACAAGUUUGAGGAGAAGCUGGACAUUGAUGGAAAAUACAUCAUUGCAGAGUUCCCCCAUGGGACGUACCCAGUCGGACCACUCCUGGCUGGCACGUUGAUACCCAGAUUGUUUCCUGGUCGGUGUGUUCACAGUGUUGGGGCAUCUGUCCUGUUCAAAAUUCCCCUUUACAAACAAAUGUUCUCUUGGAUGGGGUGCCAACCAGCAGAUCGCAAGACUUUUCAGAGGCUGCUGCAGAAGGCGGAUGUUGCUUGCGUUGUAGGAGGCGUUGGUGAGAUGUUCAUGCAGUAUGAAGAAAAAGAACAGGUGCGAAGGCUGCAGAAAGAUUAUGAACCUCCACAUCACUUUCGUUGGCAGCCCCAUUGA